AUGGAUUUAGCAAAAAAUCUCAUUCAACUUUCUUCAAAUUCUUCAAAUACCAAGGAAGAAGAUUAUCUAAUUAAUCAAAUUAAUGAAUACAUUAAAUUAUAUGAAAGAAUAGAAGAAAGAGGAAUAGAACUCAACAAUCAAAUUAAUUCUUACCACGAAAAAAUCCAACAAACCAAGCAACCAGUGACCAAAUCAGCAGAACAAAACUGGAUUUUGGCAACCGUAGUCGGAUAUAAACCUGAGGUAGAAGAUGCAGACCAAUUUGAGGCAUCCAAUAGACUUUUUACUGUACCAAAUAAGCAUGUUCUUCCAAUUGCAAAUAGAGGAGAAAUUAAAAUUAAUGAAUUUCCAAAAGAUCAUCCAGUCCUUGCAUUGUACACAGAAACAACAUGUUUUUACAAAGCAGUUGUUGUCCUUCCGCCUAGUAAGAUUACACCAUCCAAAAAGGACUGUUAUUUACUCGAGUUUGAAGAUGAUGGACACGCUCAUAGAUAUGUAGAAUCUCAAUAUGUACUUGAUAUUCCAAAAGAAGUUAUGGAUUUGAAAAGUAAUAAUACAACCUAA